CGAGUUUUUAAUUAUUCUUUUCCUAAAUUUUUUAACAAAUUAAAAAGAUUUGGCAUCCAGAAGUUGCCUCGAGAAAGGACGUCGUCGUUCGCUUUCUCUAUGCUCACAGAUUGCCUUUCCUAAUCAUAAUUGAGACAAUUUAUAAGCAAACGAGUUGUUAUUGAGUGCCUACUGAAAAAAGAAACAAGACGAAAAUAAAUAGAGUAACAAAAUCAAAUUACAAGCGAAACAAUGAUGUUCGAUUGUUUAAAAGCUUUCAUGGAUUCCAUUGAAUUGCCAUGGCCGCACAACUAUCAUUGCGGAUCAGUUUGGAAGGUGGACGUGUUACAAAGACCAUUCAAUUUGAUCCCAGUACAACAGGAUAAAUUUGCUGAAGCAGUUCAAGGACAAGCCACCGAAUAUGGAUUGUUCCUUUCGGAUGAAGACAACCGACAAGGAGUUUGGUUGGAGCCAGGACGUAACCUCGGCUACUACUUGCUCCGAAAUCUUGAUGUACUUGAGUAUCGUCGAAAGUUGAGAACGUUGCGUGUGAGAAUGCUUGACGGUGCUUUAAAGACAAUUCUCGUUGAUGAUUCCCAAGCAGUUAAUCAAUUGAUGGUUGUUAUUUGUACAAAAAUCGGAAUAACCAAUCAUGAAGAAUACGGCUUGGUGCGUGAAGAGAAUGAAUCGCAAAAUGAGAAUCAACCGGAUAAUAAAUCCAAUUUUGGAACGUUGACAUUACGUCGUAAACUCACUGGUGAACGAGAUCGCGAUACGAAAAUGGAAAGCUUGAGAAAGAAGCUUCGAACGGAUGAUGAGAUUAAUUGGGUUGACAUAAGCAAAACGCUUCGUGAGCAAGGAAUUGACGAGAGUGAAACAGUUUUACUUCGUCGUAAAUAUUUCUACUCCGAUCAAAACAUCGAUUCAACAGAUCCCGUUCAACUUAACUUGCUUUAUGUGCAAGCUCGCGAUGCCAUUCUUGACGGAACACAUCCAGUGACACAAGACAAAGCUUGUGAAUUUGCUGGCAUUCAAGUGCACAUUCAAUUUGGUGACUUCAAUGACAAUAAACAUAAACCGGGAUUUUUGGAUCUUAAAGAGUUCUUGCCAGGCUCUUACGCUCGUGUCAAGAACAUCGAGAAGAAGAUUUUCGCUGAACAUCGUAAACACAUCAGUGUCAGUGAACUUGACGCCAAAGUUCUCUACACAAAAACAGCACGCGAACUGCCAACAUAUGGCGUCACAUUCUUCUUAGUAAAAGAGAAGAUGCAUGGCAAGAACAAGUUGGUGCCACGUCUUUUAGGUGUCACAAAAGAUUCUGUUUUACGUUUGGAUGAGAGAACUAAAGAAAUUCUCAAAACAUGGCCUUUGACAACUGUCAGACGUUGGGGUGCAUCGCCAAACACUUUUACGCUUGAUUUCGGUGACUAUGCGGAUCAAUAUUAUUCAGUACAAACAACUGAAGCUGAACAAAUUGUCCAACUUAUCGCUGGUUACAUUGAUAUCAUUUUGAAGAAGAAGAAAAGCAAAGAUCACUUUGGAAUUGAAGGCGAUGAAGGAUCGACAAUGGUGGAAGAAAGUGUUGCACCUUUCAAAGCUUCAAUCAUCCAACAAGAAAUCACGAAAGUUGGAAAAGUCAAUGAAGAAUCGGUUUAUAAGCCCGUGUUGAUUCGUGGCACUGAUGGUUCCCGACCUUACACCACUGUCGAUACCAACACACUUCAAUAUGGUGCCAUUGUUGGGCAGGUUAAUCUCGCCCAUCAACCACCAAUGUUGCAACAAACUCGUGUCAGUUCAAUUUUAACCGAACCACAACGUGCCUUACUUGGAUAUAUUUCAGCUGGUCAAGAAGCGAUAAGCAAAGCUGAACGUGAUUUGGAAACAAAAGCAGAAUUGCCACCACUUGGAACCGAUCCUGGUGCACUUGCAUGGCGUGAAGAGACACUUGAAACAUCGAAACAAGUCGUCACAAGUCAUUUGUCUAACAUGAAUGCAGCAACAGCACAAGUUGUCUCUGCAACAAAUGCUGACGACAUUGAUCAUGAUGCUGUUGGUGCUGCAGUCUCACAAAUUGCACAAUCAAUUCCGGAAGUUACAAAGGAAGUUCGCUUGAUUGCAGCUUUAAUGGAUGACGAUCACAGUGGCGAUAAAUUGUUAGAAGCAACCAGGAAGUUGUGCAACGCUUUCAGUGAUUUAUUGAAAGCCGCUGAACCAGAAGCAAAAGAUCCGCGCCAGAAUCUUUUCAAUGCUGCAAGUCGUGUGGGUGAAGCAUCCGGACAAAUUUUACAAUCAAUUGGCGAAGACAGCGAAGAAAGUCGUGAACUUCAUGACAUGUUAUUGGCUUUGGCGAAAGCUGUUGCUAAUACAACUGCUGCUUUGGUGCUUAAAGCUAAGUCAAUCGCAUCUGAAUGUGACGAUGAAGCGACAAGAACAAAAGUCAUUGGUGCUGCUAGUCAAGCUGCUUUAGCAACGAGUCAACUUGUUGCAUGUGCACGUGUUGUUGCACCAACCAUUCAAUCGCCAGCAUGUCGUGAACAAUUAGAAGCUGCAGCACGUGAAGUCGCUAAAGCUGUAACAAACUUGGUUGAAGUUUGUAAUGAUGCGUCAGAUAAUCAAGAAUUGAAAGGAGAUUUGAUGGCAGCAGCGAGAGAAGUUUCAAGAACUUUGAAUGAUUUGUUGGAGCACAUCAAGCUUUGUUCACAAGAGCGUGUGAUUGUUAGAGAAGAAAAUGCCAUGGAAAGUGUUUUAGUUGCAACUGAUAUGCUUGUGUCAUCAAGCGAUCCACAAGAAAUGAUUCGACAGGCUAAAGCUCUCGGACAAGCCACAGCUGAACUUAUAAAAUCGAUCAAAGGUGAAGCAGAACGUCAUGAAGAUUCAGAAAUUCAACGACGAUUGUUAGCAGCUGCUAAGCAACUUGCUGAUGCAACUGCCAAGAUGGUUGAAGCUGCUCGUCUUUGUGCAAGUUCACCACAUGAAUCCGCUCAUCAAGAUGCACUUCGCCAUGCUGCUGAAGAAUUGCGUGACAUCACAACAACAACAGCAAACACGCCGGCUUUGAAACGAAAACUGAUUCAACGUUUGGAACAAUGCGCUAAACAAGCAGCAUCAUCAGCAACGCAAUGCAUCAGUGCAGCACAAAAUGCAACAUCUUACAGUGAAGACAUUCAGACGAAGGAAAUUUUAAUUCAAGAUUGUCAACAAGUUGCUGAACAAAUUCCGAGAUUAGUUUCAAGUGUUAAAAACACUUUGGCACAUCCCGACGAUCAUUCAGCUCAAUUAAGUUUGAUUGAAGCGUCAGAACAGUUUGUUGAACCUGGCACACAAGUCGCAUCAUCAGCACGUAAUCUUCAACCAAGUGUUCGUGACCAUGCGGCUGCGUCACAUCUCAACAAAUCAUCAAUCACUUUGACACAUUCAAUUCAUGAACUUCGAUCAGCUGCUCAACGUGCACGCGAUGCAUGUGCUGGAAAUGAACUUGAAUCGGCUUUAGACGCGGUGAAAAACUUGAGAAAUGUUCUUGCUGAUACAAAGCGAGCUGCACGUGACGGUGCUUUGCGACCAUUGCCAGGUGAAACUGAAGAUGGAUGCUUCAAACUUUUAUCGUCAACAAGUAAUGGCGUCGAUGUUGCGAUGGUUCAACUUCUCUCAGCAGCAUCGCAAGGCAAUGGAAAUUAUGCUGGCGUUGCUGGACGUGACACAGCAUUGGCACUUGGUGAGUUCACAAAGUCAGUUCGGGGUGUUGCUGCAACAAGUAAGAACCAUUCAGUCAUUGAUUGUGCUGAUGAAGUCAUCAUUGAGUCAAUCAAAAUGAUUGAAGAAGCACAAAAAACACUUCAAAAUGUUGGCAAUCAGGAAUAUUUGUACACAUCAGCGAAACGUGUUAAGACAGCAUUGGCAAGAACACAAGAUUGUCUUCCAGGUCUUAAAGACAUCAGCGAAUCAUACGAGACCAUCAUUGAGUUGAGACAAAUUCUUGAUGUUGGUGAAUAUCCGCCAUCGAGUAAACCUUUCAAUCAUCUUCAAAAUGAUUUAAGAUCAGCUGCCAACAAUUUAAGUGCAGCUGGUGGACGCGUUGCGCAAGCUUAUGCAAGUCCAAUACAAUUAGCAAAUACAAGUCAAGAUUUCUGUGGUGCUUACAAAGAUUUACUGACAAUUACUUUGGAGAUGGCGGGACAAACAAAGGAAGAAUAUAAUCGGACAGUCAUUGUUGAUUCACUUCGUGGUGUUACAAACACAAGUGUCAGUUUACUUGGAACAGCUAAGAACGUCGCAACUGAUCAAUCAUAUCCGAAUGCAAAGAAUGAACUCGCGUCAGCAGCUCGUUUAGUCACAGAAAGCAUCAACAAAUUGGUUGAUGUUUGUACACAAUCAGCGCCUGGUCAAAAGGAAUGCGACAAUGCCAUUCGAUCUAUUGAAGCUUUACGUCCAUUAUUGGAAUCACCCCAUGAAGCACUCACCGAUCAAGGAUAUUUCGAUUGUCUUGAAACUGUUAUGGGAAAGAGUCGAACACUUGGUGAUGGAAUGACUGGAAUUGCAAAUAAUGCAAAACAUUCGCAACAUGUUGAAUUUGGUCAUGCUGUUAAUUCAGUUUCGGAAUCAAUUCGUGGAUUGAUUGAAUCAGCAGCGCAAGCUGCAUAUCUUGUUGGUGUUUCGAAUCCAUCGAGUGCUGCUGGUCGUCCAGGACUUGUUGAUUCGUCAGCAUUUGCACGAGCAUCGCAAGCAAUUAGACAAAGUUGUGAUGUGUUGAAAGGACCAUCAAGUACACAACAACAAGUGUUGUCAGCUGCAACAGUCAUUGCUAAACACACAUCAGCUUUAUGUAAUGCUUGUCGCAAUGCCAGUGCCAACACACAAAAUCCCGUCGCUAAACGUCAUUUCGUUCAAUCAGCGAAAGAUGUUGCGAACUCAACAGCAGCGCUUGUCCGUGAAAUCAAAGCAUUGGAUCAAGAUUACAAUCCAACAGCAAGAAUGCGAUGUUCGAAGGCAACUGAACCAUUGCUUGAUGCUGUUCAAUCGCUUUGUCAAUUUGCAUCGUCGCCUGAAUUUAUUUCGAUUCCAGCGAAGAUUUCAGCUGAAGGCAGACGUGCACAAGAACCGAUUUUAUCAGCUGGUCGUGGAAUUCUUGAUGGCGCUGUUGAAAUGGUGAAGACAGCAAAAACUUUAGCUGUGACACCAACAGAUCCACCAAUUUGGCAAGAACUUGCAAUUCACAGUAAAUCUGUUUCGGAAUCGAUCAAAAAACUCGCUUCAAGCAUUCGUGAGAAAGCUCCUGGUCAACUUCAAUGUGAGUCAGUGAUUGAAACUCUCAAUUCAUGUUCACGUGAACUUAAUUCAGCAUCGAUGGCGAUUGGAAUUGAAGGACUUCCACCAAAGAAGGAGAACAACUUGCAAGGUUUCACUGGUCAAGUGUUGAACUCUGCCAGUGAACUUGUUGACAAGCUUGAACCUGUCAAGUCGUCAGCUAAGAAGAAUGCUGAAACAUUGGGACAUGCUGUGAAUCAAAUUGCAAGACAAAUUGUUCCACUUACGACGGGAACCAUUGGAGCUUCAUCUCAUGUUGUUCAUUCGGGUCAACAAACAGUUCUCAUUGAUCAAGCAAAAUCGAUUGUUGAAAGUUCGAUUCAAUUGGUUCAGAUUGCUAAGGAAGCUGGUGGAAAUCCUCGUGCUGCACAUCUUCACAGUGAUUUAGAUGAAUGUGUUGAAUCAACAAGAGAAGCAAUUCUUGAAUUAAAUUCAACAGUUGAACGUUUAUCAACAGAAAAUGGCGUCGUCACUGGAUUAAUUGAACAAAUUUCAAGAUCAAUGUCACGCAUUACUGACAAGCGUCAAUCAUUUUUGGGAACAUCAUUGAAUGAAACAUUUGUCGAUUAUCAAACGCGAAUGGUCCAAUCAGCGAAAGAAAUUGCACGUUAUGCAAAUGAAAUCAAUUCUAAAGCCGCUUUUGAUCCUUCGAAACUAGCUCCAUUAAGUGUUGAAAUGACAAGACAUUAUACACAAUUAGCUCAAGAUUCAAUUGGAGCAUCUUCGUUGACAACUUCGCCAGAUGUUUCGAUUCGUAUUAAGACAACUGUUCAAGAUUUGGGACGAUCGGUGACUCAUUUGAUUCAAUCAACUGGUGGUGUAAGAAAAGAUGAUCCAAAUAGUCUUCAAGAAACAUCUAAAGGAGCUCGCGAUGUGUCUGAAAAAGUGUCACAAGUUUUAGCAGCACUUCAAGCUGGUUCACGAGGGACACAAGCUUGUAUUAAUGCUGCAAGCACAGUCGCAGCUAUUAUCGGUGAUUUGGACACGACAAUUAUGUUUGCUGCUGCUGGAACACUUCAUUCUGACAAUGAUGGUCAAUUUGGUGAUCAUCGUGAACAUAUUUUGAAGACCGCAAAGGCUCUCGUUGAAGAUACAAAAGUUCUUGUCGCUGGUGCUGCUGGUACACAAGAUCAACUUGCAUCAGCUGCACAAAAUGCUGUUUCAACGAUUGUUCAACUUGCUGAAGCAGUGAAACGUGGUGCAGGUUCACUCGGAUCUGGUCAACCUGAUUCACAAGUUAUGGUCAUGAAUGCUGUUAAAGAUGUCGCUGCAGCUUUAGGCGAUCUCAUAAAUAGCACAAAAUUGGCAUCUGGAAAGCCAAUUCACGAUCCAGCCAUGAAUGAUUUGAAAGAAAGUGCCAAGCAAAAGGUUGAUGGUGACGACAGUAGCGUUGAUUGGUGCCGAUCAGAUCGAGAUGAAGACUUGAUUGAUAAGAUGUCGAAGCCCAUUGUCAUGGUGAUGAAUGUGACAUCAUUGCUGAAGACAGUGAAAGCUGUUGAAGAUGAACAUACAAGAGGAACACGUGCCAUGGAAGCAACGAUUGAAGCAAUUUCCCAGGAAAUCAAAUCCAUGCAGUAUUCAGACACCAACAGAAGUUCCGCAAUGCCAUCAACGCCUGAAGAUUUGAUUCGUGUAACGAAGAAUGUGACAGUUGCAACCGCAAAAGCUGUCGCUGCUGGUGCAAGUAACUCACAAGCUGACAUCACUGCCGCUGCUAAUAUCGGCCGUCGUACAAUUUCUGAAAUGUUGUCAGUUUGUAAAUCUGUCGCAUGGAAUUGUGCAGAAACGCCUGACUUACGUCAAAGAACACUUGACGCUGGUGCAGCUGUUGGAAUUUCCUAUCGUGAUCUCCUUGAAGGUGUCUUGCGUGGAUGUUCAGCAGAUGAAAGAAUGCAGUUAUCAAGACGUGUCGCUAAAUGUGUCACUGACUUAGUCGGCAUGGCACAACUUCUGAAAGGAUCCGAUUGGGUUGAUCCUGAAGAUCCAACGGUAAUUGCUGAAAAUGAGUUACUUGGCGCUGCUGCUUCCAUUGAUGCUGCUGCUAAAAAGUUGGCUAGUUUAAGACCCCGAAGACAACCCGAUGUCAAGCAAGCUGAUGAAAACAUGAAUUUCGAUGAGAUGAUUUUAGAAGCAGCUCGAGCAAUCAUGGCUGCAUCAUCAGCUCUUGUUCGUGCUGCAAACGCUGCUCAACGUGAGUUGAUUGAUCAAGGAAAAGUAGCGAAACGUCCUUUGAUGUCAUCAGAUGAUGGUCAAUGGUCUGAAGGUCUCAUUUCUGCUGCUCGUCUUGUAGCUGCUGCUACUCACAGUCUCGUUGAAGCUGCACAAAAUCUCGUUCAAGGUGUUGGAACUGAGGAGAUGUUGAUAUCGUCAGCUAAGCAAGUUGCAAGUUCAACAGCUCAAUUAUUAAUCGCAUGCAAAGUAAAAUCAGAUCCAUGUUCGCAAACUGGUCGAAGACUACAAGAAGGUGGAAAUGCUGUCAUUAAAUCAACUGACAAUCUUGUCAGAGCUGCACAACAAGCAAUUGAAGGUGAAGAAGAACAUACACUUCGACUUAAUCGAAAUAUGGUUGAUGGAAUGGCACAAGAAAUUAAUGCAAGAUCAGAAGUUCUGAAGAUGGAACGUCAACUUGAAGAAGCGAGAAAUAAAUUGACAGCAAUCAGACAUGCGAAAUAUCGUCAAAGAACAGCUGCUGGUUAUGCAACAGACGACAGUGACUUUGAAGGUGGAAACACGAGUGGAGCUUCAGGAUAUGGAGCUGGGUUUGCUUCACCAUCGCCAACUCACAUGACUCGUUCAGGUAACGCCACUUCACCAUCGCCAGGAAGCUUUCAAAAUCAACAGUCAAUGAACCAAUCGACGACUAAUUACGAACAACAUAAACGAUCAAACUUAUUGACAGCCAAUGCUGUUCCCAAACCUUACAACUCUUCCAUUCUUUCAUCGGGAACUCCAUCACCUCAACCACCUACGCCAAUGUCACCUUUACACAAUCGAUCAUAUGAAACAACUGUCAUUACAAAUCCAAAUCUUAACACUCGAUAUGAUAAAUCAAAAUUGGAGCAAUGUGUACAAGAUUUGCAUGAGAAGACAUUCGGAAAAGAUUCGCCUGUAAAUAGUUUCAGCACGUUCAAGACAACAACAACGACCAGUGGUGGUGCACCGCAUGAUGGUAAACAGAACUAUGAAGGAUACACAACAAGAUACGAAACAAGAACCUUCCAAACAAAUGAUGGACAACCAAUUAGCAAUCUAAACCAGGACUUUUCACGUCUAGCAUUGACAAGUCCAUCAAAUGGAUUAAAUGGUCAAACAUCAACACUUCAUUCUUCCAGCUCUACACAGUCGUCGCAUCAGAAAAUCUUCCAAAAGAUGGAAGUUAAAGAGACACGUAACAUGACAUCUUCAACAGAUAACAGAAGUUAUCGACUUCAGUAAACUUUCUUAUUCUCUUUCGAAGAAACAAUUACCUAAUAUUUAAAAAUGUCACAAGAUAAAUACACAAAAGUGCCAGAAACAAAAGAAACAUUAUAAAAGAAAUAAUAACACGAAUUUUGUGGCCUUCCUAAGCUGUUUUUCUGGCAAAAUUUCUUAAAUUAAAAAUUCUUCGCAACUUAGCGUGUUUUGAUUAGAACUCACAUGAUGUGCCUAAUUUUAUAUUUUAUGUAUAGAAAGCGAGAUAUCGCUUUCAUUUAACGAAAAAUUAAAAACAUUUUUGCCAACAAUAUUUGUGCCAUUAAAUAAAAAGAAAUAUUAACGAAAGAUUUUACAGGAUAUUUUCGCACUUUUAAAUUUUAAUACAUACUACAAGUAUGCUCGAAACUUCCUUCGAUUCUUCAAUAUUUACAAUUAAUUAUUUUAGAAAUCUUCUUCAAAUUAUAAACUUAAUUUUUUCCGUCAUCAAUUCAAAUGAAUUUUAAGGUGUUGGAAAAUUAAAGUCCUUAAAGAGGGGAAAAGAAAGAAGGGGAAGAAAAUGAAAAGGGGUUGAAAACUUUUAACAAAGUUAACAUCAAAACCUAUUUAAAUUGACGAGAUCAUUUCCCCUUCCUCUUCCCCAUGGCCCAAGUAAUUAACCAAAAGUAUCGUGAAAGUUUUCAGUGUUUUUCUUCAAUCAUUUUUUUAAAAUUAAUUUGUAAAUUGAAAUAAUAAAUAUUUUUGAACAGUUUGUCUUACUCUAAUUAAAAAAAGGUCUACUUAUUCUUCACAAUUUUAAUAUUUUUUUAAUAACAAGAUUUAUAAAAAAAUAAUAAUUAAGAAUGAAAACAUUUUUAAUUAGCUUAUCUAAUGUAGAAGACAGAAGCUUCAUGCUUUCGUCAAGGUUUUUUUGUAAAUUUAUUUCGAGAUGAAUUAAAGAAACUUAUGUCCAAUAAAUAUUUCUUUAUUAACAAUUAUAAAAAUA